AUGAAUAACACAGAACAGAAUUAGACUCCUGGUAAUUCUGGAAAGGUAUAUCCGAGCGGAUAUGCUGAAUACGAAUUAUUAAGUUACAAAGAAAAGCCAACUCCUAGAGAAGACUUAGAACUUAUAUAAUAUGGGGAAAUAGGAGUAAGUGAUUGAUAAUAUACAAAUAGGAUGAUGAUUAAAAGAUAAAAGCAUAACUAGUGGGUAGCAAGGAUUAAUUGAAUUAAUGGAUGAUUCAAUUUAAACAAUAAAAAUAAGGUGAAAACCGUAGUACAAAUAAAGCAGAGAAUGAGAGUCGUUUAGAAAGGUUUGAAUUGAUUACUAAUUUAGUAUAUAUUCGGGAAUGAUUUUACUUCGAAGAUUAACAAGACUGAUUCUUUAAAUUUUAUUUAUUGGUCUUGUAGUUGGAUUCUUUGCAUGGGGAUAUUUUGUAACAGUGAAAAACUCAUCUUGGAGUGCAGAGAAGGAUACAAGUAAUAUUGAUAUAUAUAUUGGCAAUUGUUUUUUGAAUGUGAGUCAAUCUGAUGACUAUUUAAAAGUAAAAUAUCAAAUCCAUAUUUUAGUUUUCAUUUAAAGCAAAAGGAAGUAUGAGCCAGUAAGUUAAUGGGUCUGAUGAAUUUAGAAUUUUAGGAGAAAUAUUAGACACAGGUGUCGCAAAUCUAACAUUUUAUGAUCCAAAUCCUGAUGUAUCAAUAUUUAAAUAAAUAAUAGUAACGAACAUGUAUGAUUGAUUUGCAACUGCCAAAAUAAAUUGAUAAUUUAAAUGUUAUUUGUAGAUAUGAAUCAGAAUGUGUGAUGGCAUUUGGAUUAGAGGAAUUAGUAGUUAAUACAUUAUUUAAUGCUACAUCAGAGCCAAAAGCAAAAAUGUAGAUAAAUAUGAGAAAUAUUAAAACAGAAAAUUUCAUAUUUCAUACAGAAUCAGCAGGUAAUUUGUUUUUGAAUCAUUUCUUAAUAACUGAAGCUAAUAUUAGAAUGCUUAGUGGUGAUAUUAUUAUUUAAUCAACAUAAUCAUACUUUUUGAAUUAUUCAUCACAAUCAUAAGCUGUUUGUACAACUGGUUAUUAAAUUCUAAAUAAAGUUUAAGAGAAUUGUUAUUUAGAAGCAACUUAAUAGGAUAUGAUAGGUAAGACAUGUAAUGGCUAAAUGAAUUUAUGCGAAAAAGAUUCAUGUAAUGUAUAAUAAACAAUAAAUAUUAUUGGUAAUUCAAGCACAAUUUAUGCAAAUAUGCUCUAUGAAAUAGGUAAACCAUUAAUCAAAGGAGUUGAUGAAUUUGAAUAUUUCCAAACUUAUCCUUUUUUGUCAGGAAAUUUAAAUUUUGAUUAAGAAUCCCUUCUUAAAAUACAACAAUUUAUGAAUAAUAGUGGAUCUGCUGAUGUUGCUGUAAGACUUGAUGUUGGUGGUCAUUACUUAUUAUAACAUACUUAUAGCACAUAUUGGUCAUUUUUUAGUAAUCCAUCAUAUGCAGCAUUUUAACCAUGGUGGUUAUCAGCUUUUUCAGCUACUUUCUUAAAUCCUACAUUUUAACAUUUCUAAGUCAGUACAGAUCCAGGAUUAUGUCCAUGGAAUCCAGCUUUGAAUGCUAGAUAGACAUUAACAAUUUAAGAAUUAAUUAAAAGAACAUUUAAUACAACUUAUGGAGAAGCUAUAUUUAUUUAGAAAGAUGAUUUUGUAAAGUAAAAUGAAACAUUAAAUGAAAAUCUUACUUAUCCUGGUUUUGAUCCAUUAGAAGAAAAAUAAAGAGGAAAAUAUGAAAAUUGGUCAACUAUUUAAAAUGUUGCUAAUAAUAUUGUUUAUUAACCAUUAAGUUAUGAUCCAUUUUUCAUAGCAGCUAUUGCAUUAUCAUUAUUAUCAUCAUUAAUAUUUGGAAUUGUGUGUAUAUUUGUAUUGAUUGUAUCAUUAUAAGGAUUAGAAACUUAUGUUUUGGAAACUUCUGCUUAAUUUUAAAAUUAUAGUGCAACAACAACAUAAAGUACAAAAGAUAAUUUAGCAGCUAUUGCAAAGAGAAUGAUUUAAAAAUUAGAUUAACUUGCAUCUAAAAAAGAUCCUCCUAUUCUAUUAGGAGUAUUAUCUUAUGUUUUUUAUGUUUUUGGUUAAUAAUCAUUUAAAAGUGCACCAAAAAUGUUUUGUAAAACUUUAUUCAAAAAGAGUAAUUAAAUAUAAACUGAAUAAUAUUAUAAAUAAACUUUAGACAAAUAAUUUUUAUGUAUUGAUGAAGAAGAAGUUAAAGAGUAAUAUGAAUAAUUCUGUUUCCUUAAUAAAUUAACUAUAGAACCAUUAUCUUAAUAAGAAUAAUUAUUAGAAUAAUAUGGUUUUGAAUUUGCAGAGAAAGAUGAUGUAUUGAUAUUGUCUAAAAUAAAAUUGAAUCCUAAUGCUAAAUCCUAUUAAGAAUUAAGUGAUGAAGAAAAAACAUCUGGUAAUUCAUUAGAGCUUUUUAUGGCUACUUAAUGUUUAUUAACAGGAAUUCCAGCAGAUAUUGUUCCAUCUGAUAAACUUGAAAAAGCAUAUAUUAAAUUUUGUGGUAAAACUUUGAGAGUUGAAUAAUUUAAUGUAAAAGAUAUAUCAAAUGAUUAUGGUCUCUUAAUUUCAGAUCUUAAAGCAUUUGAAUUAAGAAAAGUUAACACUGGAACUCAAUAAAGAUAAUCAUGGUAUAUAAGAUUUUUGGGUAGAUGUACUCAUUAUAUUCCUUUUAUUGAAGAUUAUUAUCUUGAAUAACCAGUAUUUUUAUUAAGAAGAAAUACUGAAAUUAAUAGAUUUUAAUAAAAUCCAAUUAAAACUAUGAGUACUAAAAAAUUAAAUGCACAUGUAUUUUAUUAUAAUUAUCCUUUCAUGUUUAUUCAAAGUUUAAUUUUCAAUUAUAAAACUAGACUAUUUAAUAGAGAAUAUUCAUAUAGAGAAAAAGAAGAAGGAAAUGUUUUAAUGGAUUAUUUUGAUGCUCUUUAUAUGAAUGGAUGGAUUUUAUCAGAUUUAACUGUAGUUUUAGGUAACUUUUUAGUAACAGCUAUUACAAUAGUUCCAUUACUUUAUUUUAUUAUCAUUAUUAAUACAUCAUACUCACCUUUCUCUAUUUAUGAUCCAAAGAAUCUACUAUUUAUAGAUGAUGCUUUAAGUAGACCAUGGACUAUAACAGAUUAUUUUGGCAUUUUAGAUUAUUGGGUAUUAGUUUUAGGUGUAUUAUUGGCUUAUUAUGCAAUAAUUACAUUUUUAUUCUAGAGUGUUAAAUACUUAUUAUCAUAUUUCCCAGAUGAAGUGGGUUAUAUGUGGGAAUUUAAAUUGUAUUAAAAUAAAUUAAUGAAAUACUUUAAUUGGUUUUAAUGGAUAUAAUUCUUAAUAUUGGCAUUUAGUGUAUUCUUUUAUUUUGGAUUAAUAAUAGUAUGGUUACUUUUAGGAGCAAUAAUUAAUCCUAAUUUUUAUCUAGUUUAUUCAUCAUCUGCCUUAUCUUUAGUUGCAUUUAUUGCUGCAUAAAUUUCUUAGAUUAAAUCUACUUAUGAAUAAGCUUGUGCAGAAAUAAAAAAAAUAAUUAAUGAAAUAUAUUUGAGAACUUUUGGUUAAUUGGCUGGAGCUAUAAUAAAAGAAAUUUAAAAAUUAACAGAUUUAUCUACAACUAUUAUUAAUUCAACUAAUAUGGAUUAAGCUAAAGAAAUGGCAGAAAAUUUAGGUUUUGGUGAAGAAUUAAAUGAAUUAUGUAUUUUAACAUAAGGAAUGAUUGAUAAUGCUGGUUCUACUGAUUUAAAUUAAGAUUAAAUUAAUUUUAAAUAAAUUAAAGAUAAAUUUAUUUAAAAAGCUUGUGAGAAAUUUAUAAGAAUUGCAAAAGAUUAAUUUGAAGUUCCUGAAAUUAUAGCUGAAUAAUUAGUUAAAGCUAAUUUUGUUAAAUUUGAUGAAAUUAUUGAUCCAUUAGCAAAUUAAAUUUAAAUUUAAAGUUCAAAUAAAAUUCCAGCUGCUGUUGUUAAAUGGAUUUAUUAAACAUCUGUUAAAUUAAGUAGAGUAUUUUCUAAAAAAACUCCAGAAGAAUAAAGAAAAGAAUUAUAAAUUCAUUUACCUGUUAUUAGUGUAUUUUUACUUGAUGCUGUUGUUGAUGGUAUGAUGUUAUAAACAUAAAUUGAAGAUAAAGGAGCAAGUCAAUAAGCAUUCAAAAGUGUAAUGCUUUCCCUUUUUAAUUUAAUGAUGGAUAGCUCACCUAAAAAUAUAUUAAUUUAAGUUAAAAAAUUAUUUGAAAAUCUAAAAGAUUUUGUUGGCAUAUCUCCAAUACCAUUAUAAGCUUUAGAAAUGAUAUUUUAAUAUGCUCAAUCUUUAAAUGAAAAUACUAAUGUAGAAGAAUCAAAAUAAGCAUUAAUUAAAUAAUUAUUAUCCUUAUUUAAUAUUGAUCAAGAUUUAGCUGCAGUAUAUCAAUUAUUAUUUUCUAAACAAUAAUCCUUAUUUAUUGAUAAAGAAAUUUAAUUAACUCCUACUGAAUAAGCUGGUGUUAUUAUUAGAUUAUGUGAUAAAUAUUUCUUAAAAGAUAAUAUGGAUCAAACACUCAAAACUAAAUUUGAAAUAUUCAUACUUUUUGCUAUUAAAUUUUUAAAGAAUGAUAAACCACCUCUUUCUGAUUUAAUGAAACUAUUUGCCUAAAUAUAUCCAGGAGAUGAUGGAGAAAAUGAAGAGUAUUUUGAGAAAUUAUUAGAAUAACAUUAUGGUCUAUUAAAUGUAGGAUUUUCAACUUUAUAAUUAUGUACUAAGAAUUGGAAAUAAGAAUUACCUAUUACUUUAUAAGGUAAAUCUCUUGAAUUAGUUUUUGAUGUAUUAUAUGUCUCAAGUAGAUUUUUAUGGUCAUCAAGUAUUUUAGAUAAAAAUAAUACUGAAAGUGAAUCUACAUCAAAUUAAAAUGGUUCAUGGAGUGAUUAAAUCUUUUCUAAACCUGCUACUUAAAUUGUAUAAAGAAAAGAUAAAUUAAAUAAUAGAGAUAUUAUUGAAUUAAUCUCUUUAUCAUUCUAAAUAUCUGAAAAUGCUGUUAUUGGAUUAAUUUUAAUUUUAAGAAAUGAAAUUUAACGUACAAUUUAUCAUGAUGCUAUUUACUAUGAAUUAGUUAAAAUAACAUCAAAAAGUUUAGAAAGUUAAAUGAUUAAUGUAAAAUUCAUUUUUGAAUUGUUAUCUAGAACAAAUUUUGAAGAUAUUUUAAUAUUCUUGUGCUCAUAUUAAUAAGUUUAUAAGGCAUUAAUUGACAGACUAUUGGAAAUAAUGUUUUCUUCUAAAGGAAUGUUUAGAGUAUUUAAUGGAUUUUUGGCAAUUGAAAAAAUAUUGGAUUAAAGUUUGAAAAGUUGUGGAAUAGAUGAAUCUAAAUUAAAAAUAUAUCUUGCUAUGGCUAAAAUGUAAUUGUUUGGUAAAUAAUUCCAUGAUGAAAUGAGUAGAGAUCCUAAAUUUAAGGAUUAAAUUAAUAAAAUAUGGGAUAAUGAUUAAAAGCUAUAAAUUUAAAUUAAUCAAUAACAAGAUGAUAGUGAAGAUUAAUUAGUAAAUUAUUAUAAAACAGAAAAAAUUACCUUCUUUACUUUCCUCAAAAAAUCUUUAAGAGAUGAAAAAUCAAAUAAACAACAUAAAGCAGAUUUCUUAGCAGAAGUGUCUAACUAAGUUCCUCUUAAAUUAGAAUAUUUAUAUAUGAUUUUGGAAUAAUAGUAAGGUGUUAUAUCUAAUAAUACUUUAAAUUCGCCUUUACUUAAUGGAUUAAAAGUUGAAUCAUUUAAAAAUUUGUUAGUUCUUAUAACAUUUAAGGAUGCAACUAGCAUAUCAAAAGCACUUAAAUAUUUUAUUAGUUUUCAUCCAAAAUCAUAUGAGAGUAUUGAUUUAAACAAAAUUUAAGUAGAACUUUAAAAAAUAAUUGAUGUUGAAUAAAAUAUAGCAUCUUUCUAAUUACCAAAUACAAUACCUUACUAAUUCUAAAAAUUAUUGAAUUUAUUUAUAAAUUAAAUUUUCCAAACUAGACAAGCAAUAAGUUCAUCACUAUAUAGCGACUUAUUCAAUUACAUUAAAUAUGAAUUAGAUAAAUUUAAAAUAGAUUUUGAUACUAAAAAGAAAUUUGAGUUUUCUCCUGUUGUUUCAAAUUAAAAUUCAAAAUUGAACUAUGAAUAAAUAAAAAAUCUUUAAGAUUUAAUACCAUUUUCUGAAAAAUUUGUUAAAAUGAUGUUUAAUUCUAAUAGUUUAAUUAGAGAUUAAGCAAUAAGAGAAGUAUUAAUAUAGUUAUAUCCAAAACCUUAAGUAAAAUAAUUAGCUAAUUAACAUUAAGAUUAAAUUAAUAAUCUAUAAUGUUUCAUAUCUGGAUUAAUGGAUAAGAAUUAUGAAAAUGUAUUAGCCUUCUUAAUUCAAUAUUGUGAUUUUAUUAAAGAAAAUAAAUUUAGAAAGUUUUUCAAGAAAGUAUUGGCUAUUAUAAGAGGUUUUGUGACUUAAGAAGCAGUUAAAGAAGAUGAUAGAUCUACUAAAUAAUUAAUUUGGGCUACUUAAUAAUUAAAGUAUUUCAUUAGUUCAGAUUUGGAUUGUUUCAUGGAACUUCUUUAAACAUAUUUUAAUACUGUUUUGAGUUCUGAAAAACCUAAUCAAAAUGCUAUAUAAGGAUUAUUUAGUUUGAUGACUCCAAAACCAGAUUAUGAUAUUUUAGUGAAUAUCUUUGAUUUUGAAGAAGAAGCAAUUAAAUUUGCAUAAUUCUUAGUAUCAGCAAUAUUUUCAGAAAAUAAAUCAAAAUUAUUAUAAGAUCCAAAGGUUCAUUAAUUAAUAGAAAAGAAAUUUGCUAUAAAGGAAGUAUCUCCUUUGAUUGAUUUAUCAGAAAUUUUAGAAUCAAAUUCUAUGGAUUCAAAGUCAUUAAUAAUUAAAUUAAAAAUAGAAUAAAAUCCUACUGCUUCAAGAUUAUUCAAAGUAUUAUUUGCAUUCAAAAGACAAUUAGUAAAAGGUGAAUCUUGGAAAUAAUUAUAAGAUAAUUUUAAUACUUUGGCUGAUUAAAGAUCUGAAAUAUUUAAAUAAGAUAAAGAAAAUAAAAAACAAUAAGGAUAAUAAAAUGAUAUUGGAUAAACAGAAAUACUUGAAGUUUUACAUUGGUUCUCCCAUCCUAGACCUACAAAUUUCUUAUAUUUGUUAAAUAGAAUUUAAAUACUUGAUCAAUAAGAACCAGCUGCUAUAUUUGCAGCAGCAAUUGCAGGAAUAGGUAAAUAUGAUAAAUUUGAUUGGUAUAAAGAUAAAUAACCAGAAUAAAUUAGAAAUAGAUCAGAUACUAUAUAGAAAUUAUCUUAAAAAUCAGUUGAUAAAGCAUUACUUUAUAUAGCUUAAACUAGUGAUUAAGAUGUAUAAGAAGCAUUUAGUUUAUUAUAAUUGGCAGCUGGUAUUAAUCCAGUAUUAGUAAGUGCAAUAUUUAAUGAUAAUCAAAAUUCAAAUCCAUGUUUAUAAUAAAUAUUAUAAUCAGAAUCAACUAAUAAUUAAAUGAUAAUAAAGGAAUUCAUGAAGAAAUUUAAUAAUUUUGAAUAUGAUGCAUUGGCUUUAAUUAAAAUCAUUGAAUAUGAAACUGUUAAGAUAUCUUAAAAUGAAAAAUUAACUCCUGAAAUGGUGAAUGAUUUACUGAAAUCUCUUGAUUUAAAUGCAAAUAAAUUAAAUAUAAUUGAAAACUUUAUGAAAGGACAUGCAAAAGGUAAAGUGUAAUAUUAUUUCCCAUUAUCAUCAAUAAUUUUAAUUUAUUCAUUAAAAUAAAUGAGAUAAAUAAAAAAGAGAAAAGAUAGAGCUAUAGCUUAAUAUGUAAAAGGUUAAUUUUGUAUAAAUAUGGCAUUUACUGUCUUUGAAAGAUAUUUAUAUUUUUAUGAUAACAAAAAUCUUAUAAAUUUAAAUAAACCUGCUUUGGUGAAAUUAUUAGCUAUAGGAAUAUUUGAUACUACUAAAUUAAGAUCAUCUGAAUAAUAAAUUGAUUUUGUAAAAUUAGAAGGGAUAUUAUAUCCUGGUAUGAGUGAUCCUUUAUUAGAAGUAAGAGGUACAAAAUAUAAUUACACUACCUAAAAAAGUGAUAGUUUAGGUGAACUUUCUAAGAAUUUCAAUGAUUAAUAUGAAGAAUUUUGCAAAGUAUUUUAUAGAAUUUUACCAGAUAAUAAUGGAUAAUUAGAAAAUAGACCUGAAUUCGAUAAUUAUAAUUAGUUUUGGACAGCAUUAUUUAGAGAUAAUAGUAAUGCUAAUAUUUCAGCAAUUUCAAUGAUCUAUAUUAAUAGUAAAUCAAACAAAAAUAAUUAAAAAGAUUAUUUUGAAGAAUUGAGUAAAAGUAUACCAAAAGAAUCAUAGAAAUUAUAAUUAUAAUACUAAUUGAUUAAUAAAUUAACUCAAUUAAAUUUAUCAUAAUAUGGAUAUAUAAGAUCUAAAUAUUGGGAUAAAUCAUUAGAAUUAAUUAAAAAGUAAAUAUUUAAAUAAAGUGAAAUUGAAGUUUUAGAAAGUGAUUAAUCUUCAGAAUAAACUCAAUAAAUCAUGAUUUCAUUAAUGUAAUACUAUGCUGGAUAAUUUACUGUUUCUUAAAAAGAAAAUGAAAAUUAAGGAUAAUAAUAGAAUUAAAAGACAAAAGAAACAGAUUUAAAACUUUUAGAAGGAAUUUUUGGUGCAGGAAAUAAAUAAAGAGCUUAACCUAAAUUUAGAGGAGCUAAAUAAAAAAUGCCAAUUAAUUUAAAUUUAUUGAUAGAUAAUUUAUUAGGAUUAACAUUAAACGAAACAGAAAGAAAAGAAUUAAAACCUUUAGUAGAUUUAUUUUAUAAUCCAAAAGCUAUGGAUACUGGAUUUAUUACUAAAACAUGGGGUAAUGAUUAUUUAAUAAUGGAUGCUGUAAUGUUAAUGUUAGUAAGAGUUUAAUUAGAAAAUUCUAAAGCUUCUGGAAAAUUCUCAUAAUUAGCUACUAGAGUUCCAGCAUGUUAUUUGUAUUAUUCAAUAGGAGAUUAAUAUGAAAAUUUAAAUUAGAAUGAUUUAAUUUUAUUUAAAAAUAAUAGUGAUCUAUUGAAUUUAGGAAUUGAUGAAUUAAUAUAAGAUUGUAAUGAAAUUUAAGCAUCAAUAAAAUCACCAUUAAAAUUGAUGAUAAGAUGUUUCUUGGGUGAUGUUGAAGCAUGGUAUGCAUUAAUUGCAUUUAGUAGAAAAUAAGAAGGUGUAGAAACUGAAUUGUUAUCUGAAAGAAUGAUAAGAACUUUUAUAAUAGAAUUAUUACUAUAAUUUAAAAACUUUGGAUUAAGAAGUCCUUAAUUAGAUAGAUAAUAAGUUUCAUCUUAAUCAUUCUAAUAAAUACUUAAAUCUUAGAUGAACCAGAAUUUAAUUAAGAUUAUUGAAACUGCACUUAUGAAUACUUUCAUAAAAGAUAAAGAAGUAUUUCCAGAAGAAACUACUAAUAAAUUGAUUCAAUAUUUAAAUUUUGUAUUUGAAGGAAAAACUGAAGUAUUAGCAGAUAAUGAAUAAAGUGGAUUCUUAGAAAUACUUAUUAAAGUAUUCAAAAUUGAUAGAUAAUAACAAUCAUAAUUGAUUUGUGUUAUCUAAUUUAUUUUAUAAUUGUUAUUUAAAGGAGAUAAAUCAAAUUCAAACUUUGCUUAAUAUGAAAGUUAAAUAUAAGUUUUACAAGAUGGUAAGAAUAAUAGUGCAUGGGAUUUUGUAAAAGCUAUAAUUGAAGUAGAUCACUCUAAAAAUAUAAAUGUUUUAAUUUCUAAAGCUUAUCAAAUUAUGAAGAACAAUAAUUUGGGAUAAUAUUCCAAAUAUUCAAAUAUUCUAGUAUCAUUGAGUUCAAUAGCUCAUGUAUCAAGUUAUCCUACUAGUAAUGUUGAUAAUGUUAAACUUAUGAAUGUUAUAUUGUAUCCAAUUAUAUGGUUAGGAUCAAUUAUUGAAAAUCCAAAAGAACCAUUUAAUAAAUUUAUAGAUUUCUCUAAAGGAUUUAUUGAAAAUGUUGCUCCAGAAGAUUUUACAUAAUUAUUAGAUUAAUUUUAUGAAAUGAGUAAUAAAGAAAACAAUUCAUAAUCAUCUAUUUCAGAAAAGAGUGUUAGUUUUUAUAAAGAUGCAUUUUUAGCAUGGUGUCAACAAAAUUAAGGAAGUGAUCUCUAAAAAUUCUUUGAAUUUGUAAAAGGAAAAGUAUUUGAUAUUUCAUAAUUACCAGCUCCUUAAUAAAUAAUAAUUCAAAGUUUAAUUGAAUUAUUAUAUAAUAAUAAAAUUCAUGCAGAUCCAGAAUAAAAGAUAUUAAAAUAAUUUAUAUCUGAAAUCACAAAGAUUGAAGCUUUAAAGAAUUAAAAAGAAGUGAUUGAAGCAACUAUUAUUAUGUUUAGUGGUUUAUCAGAUCCAAAAGAUAUUAAAGGAGAAAAGUUUUUAAAAGCUAUUUCUACUUUAUUAUCUAAUUAUAAAGAAAUUGGAGAGAUCAUUAAAAUGAUAUUCUUAUUUUAUUAAACUGAAGAUAUAGAAAAAUUGAAAGAAUUACCAUAAUAAAUUUAAAAAGGAUGUUUCAGUAAUUAAUAAUUAUAUGAUAAAAAAUUUGAUAAUAUUCCAUUAUCUUAAUUAUUUUUGAUUGCAUCCAAUGCAUAAAAAAUGAUUAAGUCUUUAGAGGAUGCAAAAGAAAUGAAUGAAAGAGAAUUACUAAAAGCUGUUAAACCAGUUUUGGAACCUAUGUUUGGAUAAAAAUAAGAAAAAGAUUUAUAAAUUUUGGUUAAAUGUAUUGAAGCCAUUAUAGCUAUUAAAUAUAAGAAAUUUAAUGAAGUUACAUCAGAAUUCUUUUAAGUUAUGAAAAUAUCUUAAUCUAAUAGUCAACUUUUAAUUAGUUUAAUGAAAGAUUUUUAAGUAGGUUUGUAAUCACCUCAAUAAUUAAUCAAAGAGAAAAUGGCUUCAUUAGUUAAUCCAAAUACAGUUAGAACUAUGCAAUAUAUGAAUUCAGUUAUGACUAAAUUAAAUGAUAAUAGAGAAUUAUAAUAUGAAGAUAUGUUUAGAGUUUUAGAUAAAAAUGGUUAAAGAUCAGUUAAAGCUAGUGAUGUAAUUGAAUUUUUAAGAAGAAUUAAUAUAGAAAUUACAGAACAUAAAUUCAGAGAAGUUUUGGUUACUAUCAAAGGUGAUUAAGUUAAUAUUUAGACAUGUAUGAUAGAUUUCUAUGAAUUUAAAGAAAUCAUGUAAGAAAUAUCAGUCUAAACUAUGUUUUUAAGUUUAGAAUAUUUAGGAAUUUCAAAACCUUUAUUAAUAAAAGGACUUAUUGUUUUAGUAAUAUAUUUGGUAAUUGUGUUGGCAUUUAUUCUCAUUGGAGUUUAAGCCUUUGCUAUACCAGGUACUUUUGCAGCAAUAGUCAAUGCUGCUUUACCUAUGAUUGGAGGAUUAGGAUUAAAUAAAUAAGCAGCAGAAGAUAAAUUAAAAUCCUUGAACUUAACAGCAAUAUUAGAUGUUGUCAAGAAAGCUGUUAAAGUAAUUUAAUCAAGAAGAAUAUGA